UUCCAGCUUUCAUAGGGUGCUCAGCUGGCACCAGCUUUGGGCCUUUGGCUCUCUCCAGUUAUUGCUCACGCGUCCUCCCUCUCUUUAUCUCUACAGCUAUUUCCUCCUCCCUAUAUAUACUACUACUCCCCAAAGACCCCUUCAUUCAAACAACCACCGACUCUCUCUGUCUCUCUCAAAAAAUGGCCUUUUCUAGUAAUGGGUUUUCUAUGUUUGCAUUGGUUUGUGUAGUGGUGAGCUCUUUACUAGUAGCCGCCUAUGCUGGUAACUUUUACCAGGACUUCGAUUUAACAUGGGGAGAUAACCGUGCCAAGAUAUUCAAUGGAGGACAGCUUCUAUCUCUUUCUCUAGACAGGGUCUCUGGCUCUGGCUUCAAGUCUAAGAAGGAAUACCUUUUUGGGAGAAUUGAUAUGCAGCUUAAACUUGUUGCUGGCAACUCUGCUGGCACUGUUACUGCCUAUUACUUGUCUUCUCAGGGGCCUACUCACGAUGAAAUUGACUUUGAGUUCUUGGGAAACCUUAGCGGUGACCCUUAUAUCCUACACACAAAUGUUUUCACUCAAGGCAAGGGAAACAGAGAGCAACAGUUCUAUCUCUGGUUCGACCCCACAAGAAAUUUUCACACUUACUCCAUCAUCUGGAAACCCCAGCACAUAAUCUUCUUGGUUGAUAACGUUCCCAUAAGAGUAUUCAAGAAUGCCGAACCGAUCGGCGUUCCCUUCCCUAAGAGCCAACCUAUGAGGAUUUACUCUAGCCUCUGGAACGCUGACGACUGGGCGACAAGAGGAGGAUUGGUGAAAACUGAUUGGUCCAAGGCGCCCUUCACAGCAUACUACCGGAACUUCAAGGUCACCGCCUCCACUGCUGCAUGGCGGACCAAUGCUGGAUGGGAGACCAACGAGCUUGAUGGCCCUGGCCGAAGACGACUGAGAUGGGUUCAGAAAUACUUCAUGAUUUACAACUACUGCACUGACUUGAAACGCUUCCCUCAAGGUGUUCCUCCUGAGUGCGGACGCUCGAGAUUUCUCUAAAAGAAAGAAGCUAGAAGCAGCUUUUCUAGUCAAGUUUCGAUGGAGUUGAUCUGUACGUAAUAUAUAUAGUCCAUGGUUGGAUGGGUGGAGAUUCUUUGCAACUUCCUCUGUGAUGAAGUUUGAUUUAGCUUGAAAUCAGGAUUCAAAUAAAUUAAAUUCUUUCGUGUCUUUGUAUGUUAACGGGGACUUGGUGCCACCGACUCUGUUCAGCCCCCUCUAUGGUUUAUGAUGUUUGAAUAUUUGUUCAUAUAAUGAAAUUACUUGUUUUCUAUUUUA